GUUUGGCCCCAAAGUUUCCUUUCGGUUUCCGGUGUCCCCACGAUGGCGGAGGUGGACGCCGUCUCGCUCUUCACCGGCCUUGGCCUGAGCGAGCACAAGGCUCGUGAGACGCUCAAGAACACGGUUCUGAGCGCGCAGCUGCGCGAGGCGGCGACCCAGGCGCAGCAGAUCCUGGGCCCCACCAUCGACAGAGCCACCGGGACCCUGCUGUAUGGUCUGGCCUCCCGACUAAAGGACCCGCGGCGACUGUCUUUCCUCGUGAGCUACAUAGCCAGGAAGAAGAUCCGCACGGAGCUCCAGCUGAGCGCUGCCCUUGACUACGUGCGAAGUCAUCCCCUGGACCCCAUCGACACUGUGGACUUUGAGAAGGAAUGUGGUGUGGACAUUCUGGUGACACCAGAGCAGAUCGAAGAGGCUGUGGAGGCUUCCAUAAAUAAUCACCGGUCCCAACUCUUGGAGGAGCGCUACCAUUUCAACAUGGGGCUGCUGAUGGGAGAGACUCGGGCUAUGCUCAAGUGGGCGGAUGGCAAAAUGAUCAAGCAUGAAGUGGACAUGCAGGUCCUCCACCUUCUGGGUCCCAAGACUGAGGCAGAUCUGGAGAAGAAGUCUAAGGUAUCAAAGGCUCGGUCAGAAGAAACAGACCGGAGAGCAGCGAAGGAUGUGGUGGAGAAUGGCGAGGCUGCUGGCCAGUCCCUAUCUCUGAUGGAGCAGCUCCGCGGGGAAGCACUUAAAUUCCACAUGCCUGGGGAGAACUACAAGACUCCAGGCUACGUGACUACUCCACAUACUAUGAACCUACUGAAGCAGCACCUGGAGAUCACUGGGGGACAGGUUCGUACUCGGUUCCCCCCAGAACCCAAUGGGAUCCUGCAUAUUGGACAUGCCAAAGCCAUCAAUUUCAACUUUGGCUAUGCUAAGGCCAACAAUGGGAUCUGUUUUCUGCGCUUUGAUGACACCAAUCCUGAGAAGGAGGAAGCAAAGUUCUUCACCGCCAUCCGUGACAUGGUGGCCUGGCUAGGUUACACACCUUAUAAGGUGACAUAUGCCUCUGACUAUUUUGACCAGCUGUAUGCUUGGGCCGUGGAGCUCAUCCACAGGGGCCAGGCCUACGUGUGCCACCAGCGAGGAGAGGAGCUCAAAGGUCACAACCCACUGCCCUCGCCUUGGAGAGACCGUCCCAUAGAAGAGUCACUGCUGCUCUUUGAGGCAAUGCGCAAGGGCAAAUUUGCAGAGGGCGAGGCCACGCUGAGGAUGAAGCUGGUGAUGGAAGACGGCAAGAUGGACCCUGUUGCCUAUCGGGUCAAGUACACCCCACAUCACCGCACGGGGGAUACCUGGUGCAUCUAUCCCACCUACGACUACACACACUGCCUCUGUGACUCCAUUGAGCACAUCACCCACUCACUCUGCACCAAGGAGUUCCAGGCUCGACGCUCUUCCUACUUCUGGUUGUGCAACGCACUGGAUGUCUACUGCCCUGUCCAGUGGGAGUACGGUCGCCUCAACUUGCACUACGCCGUGGUCUCUAAGAGGAAGAUUCUCCAGCUUGUAGCGGCUGGUGCUGUGCGGGACUGGGACGACCCGCGGCUCUUCACACUCACAGCCCUCCGCCGUCGGGGCUUCCCGGCUGAAGCCAUCAACAACUUCUGUGCACGGGUGGGCGUGACAGUGGCGCAGACCACAAUGGAGCCACAUUUACUAGAAGCCUGUGUCCGGGAAGUGCUAAAUGACACAGCACCACGAGCCAUGGCUGUGCUGGACCCACUACAGGUCAUCAUCACUAACUUUCCUGCUGCCAAGCCCUUGGACGUCCAGGUUCCCAACUUCCCAGCUGACGAGACCAAGGGCUUCCAUCAGGUUCCCUUUGGGCCCAUUAUCUUCAUUGAGAAGACCGACUUCAAGGAGAAACCAGAGCCAGGCUACAAGCGCCUGGCAUGGAGCCAGCCCGUGGGCCUACGGCAUACAGGCUACGUCAUUGAGCUGCAGCAGGCUGUCAAGGGCCCCAGUGGCUGUGUGGAGACUCUGGAGGUGACCUGCAGACGGGCAGAUGCUGGAGAAAAGCCCAAGGCCUUUAUUCACUGGGUUUCUCAGCCUCUUACGUGUGAGAUUCGCCUCUAUGAGCGACUAUUUCGGCACAAGAACCCUGAGGAUGCUGCGGAAGUGCCUGGUGGCUUCUUAAGUGAUCUGAACCCGGCAUCACUACGAGUGGUGGAGGCAGCACUAGUGGACUGUUCUGUGGCCCUGGCAAAGCCCUUCGAUAAGUUCCAGUUUGAACGACUUGGCUACUUCUCUGUGGAUCCAGACAGCUGCCAGGGACAGCUUGUCUUUAACCAGACGGUCACACUGAAGGAGGACCCAGGAAAGGUGUAAGUUGGACAUCCGUGCAGCUACUGUGCAGCUACCUCAUCUGCCUGGAGGCUGUUGGUACUCCGACUCCAUGUCAAUAAAGAACAGCUAAUAACCCCGGA